UUCAUCAGCAACAUACCGCGGUUGACAAAACCCAUACUUAUUAGCUGAGUUAGUUUUUAAGUUAUUAGAGUUCACACACGAUGUUUUGUAGACCUGAUGUUUUUAUUUUUAGCAAGGACGUUUCAUGAUUGAUAGAAUAUGCAUUAUUUUUCAUGCUGGAUAAAAAUUGGGAUAUUCUUUGCAGUAGCAUUAGCGACAGCUCAUACAACAGAGCCAUCAAUGACAGAUUUGAAAGAAAUAAAACGCAAGUGGGACGAAUGCUGCAAAACUAAUAUAUGCAUUCAUAAUUCUUGUUAUUCGAUGGAAUGGAGAGCUUCUGGAUGGUCUGUUGUAAGGCAACGAUGUCAGGGUCGAUAUCCAGACUGGCCUUAUGCGGUUGAUAUCUUUCGCCUUCAAAAUGAAGCCGAUGUAGAAAUUCUUUCAGAGAUGCUCAAAGACCCACCACCUCAUAUGGCAGAUAAGACACCAAUCCCGACUGCAAUUUGGACCAGCGGAACACGGUGUCCGCAAGUAACUUCACAAGGUGUAAGAAUGGUUACACGCUGGACUUCAUCAAACCAUACUUUUCCUGAAUGGCUGGAAAAAAAAGUCAGUGUUACUUCUACUCCAGUUACCGGAAAUGUAUAUAGUUGCCAAUUUCUUGUCAUUUCCACUUCUGGAAGUAAAGCUGACAUCAAAUAUGACUUUCAGGAGCAGUCAACUCGCAAUGUUGCUAUAUGCGAAUUUUGGCUCCCAAUGGAUAUACAAACAACUACUACAAGCAAAAGAACUGAAAUUUCGACUACUGAAGCAGAUAUCACUUCAACCAUCACAGAAGAAGGUAUCACUUCAUCCAGCACAGAAACAGAUGCCACAUCAACAAGCAUAAAAACAGAUAACAUUCCAGCAAGCACGAAAGGACUUGGAAGUACACCUGAUGUCACUACUUUUAUUACAACAGCUGUGACAUUCAUGAAAAGUAAGACCUUUGCACCUGGAAAGUUGGUGUCACAGGAAUCUUCGAAACAACAAAUUGUUACAAUGACUAUGGAGCCGGUGGUUGCAAAUUCAACAUUUACAAACACUUUGACAUCUACAGCAAAGCCUAAAUAUUGUAAACAAACAGAAGAAGCUGGAAUAAUAUGGCCAGAUACAGAAGCUGGUACUGUAGCAAAUAUAAGCUGUCCGGAAGGAAUGAUUGGAUAUGCUCAAUGGAAGUGUGACGAAAGAUCCUUGGAGUUUAUUCCAAAUAAACCUCACAUACAAGACUGCAAGCAUGUAUGGAUUAAAAACUUAGAAGACAGCGUUAAAAAACGGGAAGACGCGGUAAAAAUUUCAUAUAAACUGGCAGAAGAAACACGGUACCAGGAUAUGUCCCAUGGAGAUAUUUCUGCCCUGGUUGACUUGUCAGCUAAAGUUCUUCAUCUUUACUCUGAACAGAAAGGAGAAGAAGAAUACGAAAUUGCAGGAACACAGAAAAGGCCACCCGUAUCCUACAAUUUCACUCGUUCUAUGGUGGCAUCUUUCAGCAAUAUACUCAGAGCUGAGAUCAAAAAGGCAUGGGAAAUUUUACCUGAGAUACACCAAACAAGAGUUGCAAGCAAAAUUUUGAUGCUGGUUACAACUAUGGGGAGUCGUCUAAGUUGUAUUAGGAUGUCUCAAGACAAGUUACAGUUUACUGUUAAAGAAGAAAAUAUUGAUCUUCAAACCUUUAUAUUGGAUAACAAGAAAAAGGACGAAGUUGACUUAAUAGUUUUUCCACAAGAAGCUGGUGGUGUCAGAGCAAGUAGUUUAAUCUCAUUGUCAUCAGAUCUAGGCCUGAAGAAUCGAUUAUCACCUUGCACAAAUUAUAAUUCAGCAGUCGGUGUCAUUUAUAACAAUGUUGGCGAUUUCUUGAAGGAUCAGAAAUU